GUCAUAUGAUCGCAGUGACAACGGUUCUAGUAUUCUAUUGGCGGUCGAUUGUUGUGAUCGCAAUUCGCAGACAUGGAGUGGCGUGCUGUUCUGUGUAUUCUUUUCUCGCUCUUUAAUGCUGCCUUUUCAAAUGAAAAUGUACCUUUGUUGAUUUGGAACUCGCAAAAAACUACCGAUGGAAACAACUUGCCUGCUGUGUCUGCUUUGCAGCAGAUCUCAGUCCCAAGCUUCCAGGCUCGCUACUUGGAUGACUUUCAGCCAAAGAAUAUCCUCUUUUUCCUCCAGGAUGCUCUGAGCAUUGAAGACUUGUCAAGCCAUAGCUCAGAGCUGGAGCACCUCAAGACAUGGAUGGAGUCCGGCCAAUCUCUGUACCUGCCGAACGUGGUGCAGCCGGCACAGCUGCAGCACCAGCUCGCGCAGGAAGGCUACAAGGUAACAAGCCUGACGGCUGGCAGUGGAGUGUCGGAGCUCAAGCUGGAAGAAGACCAAAAGAAUUUAGUGGUUGUUAAGCUACCGCCCACAAUCACCAACCCCAGCCGCAGCCGAGCUCUCAGGAAAGCUGAUGAGGUGAUGCAGAGCGUGCUGAGCAAAGUGGGGAGUCUAGCAAACUUUACUGUGAUCUACACUGCACUCAAACCGUCUGUUGAUUCAGAAGAUGCAGAAGAUGCCGAGACACAUCUUCGCAUCGGACGUUCGCUGCAGCAGGCAAAGGAACUGCCGCCCAACUUCCACAACGGCUCCUGCAUCCUCGUCUACUUCCGCCAGAACAUGACUCUGUCUCUGACCGGCCGUGAUGGUGAGCACUAUCCUCUUCCGGAAGACCCGGUCAGCACAGAGUACGUCAAGGACUGCAAUAACAACACAGUACAGUUCAUGCAGCUAGCCUACAGCAACGUGAAGCUCGACGUCGAAUACAGCAAAGUCAAAGUCUCGCUUUACUUCACCUUAAAGAGGUCUUACUGGCGGGUGUCUAUGGUCAAAGUGGACCUCACAAAGACUGCACGAGAGAACCCUACAACAGAAACGCUCUAUGUAAGCCAGCGUUGUUCCCUGCUGAGCUCACUCAGAUUAGUAGUUAGUUUAUGCCUUGAGUAUUGUGUGUUUUGUUAUCAACCGUUUGCCUCAUCAUUUCGCUUGCUUCAGGUUGAGGCGUUCAGGACCCAAAUUACUGGAAAAUUCAGCCCCACAUGGGACUGCGUGGGCUUCUUCACCAUCGGCAUCUGGUCCGGUCUGCUGGCGUCGCUGCUGGCCGUCUUCAUCCUCGCUGUUGGGCUCGGCAUGCUGGCCAACAUCAAGACCAUGGAUCGCUUCGAUGAUCCCAAGGGCAAGACUAUCUUCGUGCCAAACGUGGAUUAAUUCCUUCAUAGAGAACUUCUGCUAAAGUUUCAUAGUCUGUGAGCCUUUGCAAAAUUGGCCUCCGGUAACUGCUCAUAAAAUUUUCUAGUUCCAAACUAACAUAUUUGUUUACAUUUCAGAAGGAAUUUCAGAAUUCUUUAAGGCUUACUGUAUUUUUGAGGUUCUUCAAGUGUAUUGUCUUAUUCAUCGUCAGAGGUUUGUACUCUAGUAGAUCUCUAGUGAAUUGAUGUGCCCAAGUACUCUUCGGAUGGUCGAAAAAGACUACGAAAGAUUCUGGCAAGUUGUGUAGUUUGCGCUAAAAUGUUCACUCUUCUAUAAAUAUUGAACUAGUUCUGUCGCAUAAUGAAAUAUUAGUAGUAAAUAUUAUUUUAUUGAGAUUCGCAAAUUAGAAAUUAACAGAUUUACCUAACCUCGAUUAGUCAUUCUAAUACAAUAAACUCGUACAUGUUUAUUAUAAUGUAGAUAUUAUCGUUUACCCUGUUAAAUGAAGUGGGAUAUCCAGUUGCGUGGAUUUUAGAUGUAUCUAUCCUUUAUCUUCUAUUUUGGGAAAGUUUGAGAUGUAUUUUAAUUUAUUUAUUCCACUUAUACUCGCAGUUACUAAUUGAGGCUUCAUUGAGCAGCCAGGUCUUAUCCUCACGGUUGAGCCAGGCAUUCAAAAUCAUGAAGCUGAAAUCAUUCUGAUUAAUGUCAAUGCAACGUCUAAGUUGAUUUUAGCAACCAAUCUAAUCGAUGAAAAUACCUAUUACAAAUGUUGAUUCUUAAGCCUGUGCAAGAGCACUCCAGGUGAAAGACAAUAGGUCUUGCUAAUAUUCUAAUCAAGUCUGACUACCAUAUUUAUUCAACAGAUCUUACUUGACAAGAAUCAUUCCUUCCUAAUGGUUAUCAAUGUUUUAGAUAUUGUAAAUAAUCCGAAUAAAGUGUGUAAUGAAUU